CAACAAACGAUGCGAAGCCAAGGGAGAGUCAAUGGCGACGGGAGCGCAUGAUUGAAGGCUUCGCAUCUGCUAGACUCGAUAGAUAAACUGUGCCGAAAUUUCUCGUGUAAAGAAGUUGAUGGUAGAGUAAACAUAAACAAUGACAUCCAUCGAGCUUUUCAGAAAGUCGGAUCCUAGCGCCAAAGUCCCGCCCGACUGGGGCACAGGCAGAUACAGCAAUGAAGAUUUAUGGCUCCCCCGAGGACCCACCUGGCAAACUACUGGCCAGCCUUUGGAACACAACUACUCGCUCACAGCACUCAAGCUGAGUAACGUGAGGGAUAAUGAUGAACUUGUACCAAGGCCCCAGGGCACGGACAUUUCAGGCCGGAAAAAACUGAAAAAAGUUAAAGUGCAAUCAAGUCAGGGAGAGAUUUUGCGAGGGUUGUUGGAGGGGUUCCCCUACAGGCAUGAAAUACAAGCGCUACCCACCGAGGGCAAGAAGCUGGGCUUGUACUGGCCGGGGGAGAACUACUUCGACCAGCAAUCCAAAAUCCACGGCAACCGACAACAGUUCUAUCCAAUCCCGCCCAAGCAGACGGCACCAAACCUCCAGGACCGGCCCUUGGACCAGCAGCUGUCGGACAAGUCCCAGAACGUUCUACGGAACAUCGAGAGAAACCAGUGGAUACCGUCACAAAAGCUGGACUACACAGGUCUUGGCCCGGCAAAUCCCAUGUCUCUGGACAAUCUGGACUGUAAGAGGGAAGCGUUGUUUCAGACUGGAGAACCAGAUGAUAAGUUGUACCCGAGAUCUAUCAACACGUUUGAUCCGGCUCGGCCAAUGGAAGGCCGGCUGCGCAAGUUGUUUGCUCCGACACCACCGAGACAGACCAUGCUUGAGAGUGGAAUGAAAGCUAAUCCAGAGCACAGGAGGAAACUGACUCUCACUGAGAGAGAAGAAGAUCGACUCCUUAACGGCAAAGAGUACGUGAACCUGCCCUGUGACCCCAAUGACCCCCAGAAGGACAUGAGGUGGCAAGACAUAGACCACUCUGCCCGCCCAGAACCACGACUAGAGAGACUUAACACCGCUCAGCAGAUGGCCAGAGAGAGUGAGGAGUUUGAAGUGCCAGAAUUCCCUGCCAAGCAGACGAUGGCAGAAGUGAGUCCGACAUACCUGCAGGAUCAGAAAGAUGAGAAACACAAAGCUAUCCAGGGCAUGGAGGCACAGAACAGAUGGAAGGUUCUGGAACAUGGAACUCCAGACCACGAUGUGGCUCAGCUGAAGGACAAGUACAAACUUCUGACGGACAAAGAGAUGCCGUCGACUUUCUAUCGGCACGAAGGUCGCUACAACGAGGAGAGAGCAGGCCUGUACAAGACGAGCUAUGACCCACAGAGGCUGGCCUACUCCAUGAACAACCAGCAGCAGAGUGGCGGGGUCUUGUUCAACACCAGCGCCUCUCACAUGGAGGCCAGCCAGUACCCAACUGUCACUUGGGACGAGAACGAGGCUGCGCUCAAGGGGAGUCGCACGGUUGUUUUCAAGAACUCUGAGCUGAGCGGUGACCGACCAUCGACCAGUGACAUGUUGAACCCAUACAGAGAGACGGUUGCUAUACAGAGAGCAAGUUUACAACCUUCUGUGGCAUCUGCCAGGCCAAGGGUGCAGGAAAAAGAGUUUGUGUUGCGGGAAGACACCUAUGGCGAUUGUUACAACACCAAGAAAUUCCUGCAGGAAAAUAAACUGGACAGGAACAUCAGGAUAGAACCAUCAGAUCUCAUCUCUCAUGAAAACCAAAACCUGGAGAGGACGCGAGACCGAGUGGCCCCAAGAGACAGCAUGCCCAAACCAGGAAAACUCAAGUCUGUCCACUUCUCCAACAGCGUCCAUGUCCAAAAUUUCCAUGAGAACUUCCCAGUGCAGGUCGGACAGUCACACACUCAGCCACUCAGCUGUGAGGAACAGGAGCAGCUGAGGGAGGCUUUUGGACAGAAUAAUGUCCAGUCCCUGACCUUCCUUCGCACACACCCGGAGCGAGAGGCCUCUGGAAGUUCAUCCUUCAUGCUGGUGGGCGACACUCGCAAUAUGGCGGAGAACACCUUCAGAAACCCCGCUGUGCCCACGGUGGUCGCCAGGAACACAGAGCCUCCUCUCAAGUCUGCGGAGGUCUGCUUUAGUCGCAAUCCCCAGCUCCGACCUCCGCCUCAGUCGGAGACUGCUGAUGAGUUCAGGAGUCUGUCCACCAACUUUAUGCCUGUCGGUCUGAAGUGUGACUACAACAUGCGUUCUAGCUACUCCAGCCAGUUCCCCAUCUACGACCUGAGUGAGAAGAAAGACCGCAGGUUUAUUUGGGAGCCUGGCAUGGGAGGUCCCAGACCUCAGUCCUGUCUGCUGGACAUGCAAGAUGGCUUCAUCAAGUCAGAGGUCCGUCGGAGAUUCCAAGCAAUGUACCCUGAAACAAACCCAGAGAUCAGAAUGAAUAUCAACACGGGCAAGAAACACACGUUCUUUGGCAUGAAUGCUCAAGUCAUUCAUGGAUAAACUGUUUUGUUUACUUUUUUGUCUGUUUGCUUGUUUGUGGUUUUUAUUACAUUCUUUAAAGUAAUGUUCAUGUUUGUUUCUCAAAAUAUUAUUAUCAUCUUGUUAGGCAUUGCAUCUUUGUUGGACAUUCUUAUGUCCUUCUUCUGAAUACUGUUCAUGAUUAGAUUGUGGUUCAUGGGAGUUCGUUAUUUUUCAUUGUGUGGCUACACACGGACAUUUAUAUUAUUUCUUCCUCCAUUUUCGUACCUUUUCUCUAAGGAAGAAUAAUGGUAUUCCCACCUCAUCCGUAUGUGCCACUCAGAGAAGUAUUUCAAGCUUUUCAUUCCCAUCUAAACUGGACCAAUGACUUUUUUUCUUUUAUAGAACUACUGGAUUGAUAUCUGAAAAUUUUCCGAAAUUCCUGUUGCAUUUUUCUGUAAGCCUUCACUUCACCUUCACCUAUCCUGUAGACUGGAUGUCCGUCGGGGCGCUCUUGAAGAUAUGGCCGCUAGCUUCCUCCACUCUUCAGCUUUUUUGACAGUGUCUUUGAGUUCCAGGCCUGUCCAUUAAGCCCAAAGAACAUUUUACUAUCAACAUGUCUCUGGUAUCUUGUGAGCAAUAGAAAAGUUUGAUACCAAGUGAAGAUCUGUUUAAUGAAGAUAUUGUACAAGAGCUACCUCAUACCAGUGCCAAGAUUUAAAACAGAAUCUUGUAAGAAUGAAGUCAGUAGUUUCUUUUUUCUUAAGCAUUGUUUUUUGUUUUCGCUGUUAUUUUUUCUGUGUUUUUUGUUGGUUUUU